GCGGGCUAAGCACGAAUGUCGAACCGCUUUUCGCCCAGUGCCUUAUGAGGCGUGUUGCGAGUAGGACGCGCGCCGCCGCCGGAAGUUGAGUGCGUCUCGAUGUGCAGUUAGUGUCAGUGGAAGCCCGGAGCAGUGCACGUCCAGCCGCCAGCAUGGGCUGCGCCAAGGGGCUCUGCGACGCCCACAGCGUCUUCAUCUUUAUCAACAUAGCCUUCGCCAUGUACAGCGGCGCGCUGCUGGCGACGGCGGCGCGGCUGGCGUGGGACCCCAGCACGUACACGUGGUUCCGCUUCCUGGCGCAGGCGCAGUACCGCGUGUCGACGGGCUACGUGCUGGGCGCGGGGCUGUGGCUGGCCGCGCUCGUGUACCUGGCCGCCGCCGCGCUGCGCCCGCCGCGCCGCGCCGCGCCCGCCUGCCUCAACACGUACGCGGUGGGCGUGGCGGUGCUGGCGGCGAGCGAGGUGGCGUACGGCGCGUGGAUGGCGGCGUCGCUGACCGAGUGGUGGCGCAGCGCGCCGCAGGCCGAGCUGGCGCGCCACGGCAUGGACCUGCUGCACGACAUCAAGCCCGCGCUGCUGGCCAUCGACCGCUACCGGGACGUCGCCCGCCCCAUCUACGACAUGAUCGAGGAGGUAGAAGCGCGGGCCCCGAACAACGCGGUGGUGAUAGCGGUGUUCGGUAUCGUCGCCAUGAUCCUGCAGAUAGCAGCGUUCAUAAUGGCGCGUCGCCUGGCGUGCGCAGCCCGCGCGCGGCCCGCGAGCUCGGCGGGCGAGAGCGGCAAGGCGGGCGCCAGCGCCAGCGCCAGCGCCAGCGACGACGACGACAGCGACAGCGAGCGCGACCUCGACUCGCCGCGCAAGCCGCCCGGCUGGCACAAGUCCGCCAACCUGCGCAUGUACACCAUACUCGACAAAAUUUUCUAGCAGGAAGAGGACGAGUCCACUCGCGGCAAACGUCGCGACAGUGUAUCUCGUCCUAAAGUUUUGUCGCGAGUGGAGAGCUUCGAUGAGGUCGGCGAGGAGAACGCGACCCACUCGAAGCGGCGGGCGGCGGGCGGGGCGCGGGGGCGCG